UGUGGCUGCUUGGAGAAGUAGCAGAGAAACAUUUGUCUGUUUUUUGAGGGUGGCCAGGGUUGGUUUUGGAGCUUUGAUUUUAGCAAUGGCAGAAACAAUCUGGAAACCUUUGUGGAUUUUGUUACUGGUGCUGAAUUAUGCUGUGCACUGUGAUGCAGGAAGUGUUUACAGACAUGGUUGCACAAACGAUGGUGCUCAGGAUGGGACCACUGAAAUGACUCCUGCUCAGGCAAGCUCUGAUUCUGGAUUUGGGCCUAGUCAAGAACCUUAUUUUCAGGAAACCCAGGACUCCUCGGAAACUGAGGCCUUUGAUUCUAGUGUGACUGAUGUGGGCUCAAGUGACUCAAGGGCAUUCAGCUUUCAGGAAUCUACCUACACCUCAAGCUUUCAGCCCCUAACUAGGGUUCCUAAGCCUGCCUUAAGCACCUCCUUAGAACAAGCCUCAGACCAGUCUGUCCAGACAGCAUACCAGCAGGCAGCUUCAGCCCAGCCUGUGCAGGGUAGUUCUCCAUCCAGCUUUGUUUCUCAAAAUGUUGGCUUUGAUUCUAGUGCAGGAACAGGCUCAAGGGGGUCUUUCUUCACUUCAAGCUUUAAGCCGUCUGCUAGCACUUCAAAGCCAGUCCAAAGCACCUACCAGCAGGUUGCUUCAGCCCAGCCUGUCCCAAGCACCUACCAGCAAAGAGUGUCAGAGCAGCCUGUCCAAGCUGCUUCCCAGAGACUAUCUUCAGCUCAACCUGUACAGAGCAGCUAUCAGUCUGGCCUUUUUUCCCCAAGUGUUGGCUUUGGUGCUAGUGCUGCGGGAACAGGACAAAGUGGUUCGAGGCUGUUCAGCUCUCAGGACGUUUCCUAUACCUCAAGCUACAAGCCCUCUGUUAGCACUCAAAGACCUGCCCAAAGCACCUACCAGCAGGGAGUUUCAUAUCGGCCUGUGCAGAGCAGUUUGCCAUCCAGCUUUGUUUCCCAAAAUGUUGGCUUUGAUUCUAGUGCAGAGGGAACAAGUGGCUCUAGGGCAUACAGCUUGCAGGAAUCUAGCUAUACCUCAAGCUUUCAGCCAUUGACUAGUGGUUACAAGCCUGCACUAAGCACGGCCUACCAACAGGCAGCCUCAGCCCAGCCUGUCCCAAGCGCCUACCAACAGGCAGCCUCAGCCCAGCCUGUCCCAAGCGCCUACCAACAGGCAGCCUCAGCCCAGCCUGUCCCAAGCGCCUACCAACAGGCAGCCUCAGCCCAGCCUGUCCCAAGCGCCUACCAACAGGCAGCCUCAGCCCAGCCUGUCCCAAGCGCCUACCAACAGGCAGCCUCAGCCCAGCCUGUGCAGAGUAGUUCUCUAUCUAGCUUUGUGUCCCCCAAUGUAGGCUUGGAUUCUGGUGCAACAGGAACUGGAUCAAGUGUCUUGGGGGCAUUUUCAUACACUUCAGGGUUUAGGCCUUCUACUAGCACUGCAAAACCAGUCCAAAGCAGCUACCAGCAGGCGGCCUCAGCCCAGCCUGUCCCGGGCGCCUACCAGCAGGCGGCCUCAGCCCAGCCUGUCCCGGGCGCCUACCAGCAGGCGGCCUCAGCCCAGCCUGUCCCGGGCGCCUACCAGCAGGCGGCCUCAGCCCAGCCUGUCCCUAGUAGUUCUGCUUCUAGCUCUGUUUCCCCCAAUGUAGGCUUGGAUUUUGGUGGAGCAGGAUCAAGUCUCUCAGGGGCAUAUUCAUACACCUCAAGCUUCAAGCCCUCUGCUAGCACUUCAAAGCCAGUCCAAAGCAGCUACCAAUGGGUUGCUUCAGCCCAGCCUGUCCCAAGCACCUACCAGCAACGAGUGUCAGAGCAGCCUGUCCAAGCUGCUUCCCAGAGAGUAUCUUCAGCUCAACCUGUACAGAGCAGCUAUCAGUCUGGCCUUUUUUCCCCAAGUGUUGGCUAUGAUUCUAGUGCAGUGGGAUCAAGUGACUCUAGGGCAUACAGCUUUCAGGAGUCUACCUAUACCUCAAGCUUCAAGCCCUCUGCUAGCACUUCAAGGCCAGUCCAAAGCAGCUACCAAUGGGUUGCUUCAUCCCAGCCUGUCCCAAGCACCUACCAGCAACGAGUGUCAGAGCAGCCUGUCCAAGCUGCUUCCCAGAGAGUAUCUUCAGCUCAACCUGUACAGAGCAGCUAUCAGUCUGGCCUUUUUUCCCCAAGUGUUGGCUAUGAUUCUAGUGCAGUGGGAUCAAGUGACUCUAGGGCAUACAGCUUUCAGGAGUCUACCUAUACCUCAAGCUUUCAGCCAUUGACUACGGUUUCCAAGCCUGCCCUGGGCACCUCUGUACAACAAGUCUCAGCCCAGCCUGUCCAGUCAGCAUAUCAACAGGUAGCUUCCACACAGCCUGUGUGGAGUAGUUCUCCACCUAGCUUUGUUUCCCCAAGUGUUGGCUUUGAUUCUAUGCUUCACAGCCUGUGCAAAGCACCUACCAGCAAGGAGCUUCAGAGCAGCCUGUCCAAACUGCUUCCCUGA